AUGUCCGGAGUUUCAACCCCUCUCAGCAGUUCCUCAACUCUCACUGGCCCCCUUAGCGAGCCAUCCUCGCCCAAGGGUCAAAAGGGGGGUUUGAACGCAUACGAUACUGUUUCACCCCAUACUGCUCCAGGAACUACUACAACCAGUCCUGUUGCCUAUACCAUCGAGGCUCUUGCGGCUCAACAUAGCAGCUCUGUUGUGGUAUUCGACCUAGCAGAGCAAGCCGGUUUUGGGGUACGCAUUACACAAUGGGCCGAAGAGACUGAUGUCAAGGUGACUCGUGCACAAACACGAGCAGGUGCUGGACUUGGACUCGUCGGAAGACUGAGUGAAGGAACGAGUGAGGAUGGUGCGCGGGCCACCAAGGGUGCAAUCACUGCAUUCACGACUCCCGAGGGACUUGCCCAAAUGGUCCCUGCGCUCUCUAUUCUUCCAGCUCCUUCGUCUUCAGGUCGCUUGGUCAUCCAGGUUGCAGCUGUCACUCCCACUCCCACACUCGAGCUGACACCGACUCUUGCUCCUGCUGCUCGAGCCCUUGCAUCUUUAGGGUCUGAUUUCACUGUCCUCAUUUCCUCAACCGCCCAAGAGGCUGCAGAAUUUGCGGCCCUCUCUUACUCACUCUCGAGCCAUGUCGUUCACGUAUUCGACCAUUCUGGAGCCACGCGCGAAACCGGCAAAUCGGUGUUCCCUGAAGUUGCUAGUGCCACUUCCACUCUAUCUGAGCUUUCCAGUUUUGCCCAGUUCACUUACACUGGGAAUUCUGACGCUGAGGUUGCGCUUGUUCUCCUCAACGGUCCUCUUGCAGCUCUUGCGCGUUUAUUGGCCAGCCACGCUCCAGGCCUUGGUGUCGUUUCCGUUCGUGCCCUCUCCCCAUGGAACAUAGAGGCUCUUCGCAAAGCUCUUCCCGAAUCCGUCAAGAAAGUUCACGUUGUAGAGGAGGUUCCCAACGGCUCCGGUUCCGGUCCACUGUUCGGCGAUGUUUUGACUUCCGGACUCUCCAAUGUCUCCGUUCGUGGCCACCGCGUUCCCUCAAAACGAUCCGAGGCGUUCCACAAUUCUGCAAAUGCUUUUGCACAGUUCAUUACUGAAAUUACAUUGAUACCCUCCAGCCUCGCGCAGGGCGCCAAAUACAAGAGCCUUGCGUUCCUGUCUACUCCGACCGCUGCCUCCCUGACGCACCUUCCUCAAAUUACCGCACACACUUUCCUCACCCAGGGAGGCCCUAUCGCUGCGCGUCUACUCCCUGUUUACGAUGCCUUUGCAUCUUCCCAAGGCGCCGUCAUUUCACGACUUGUGCUCACUCCCUCGAAUGAUGAACACCUUUCAAAAGCGCCGGUCUCCAGCAUCGCGAGCCUAGAAAAACAAGUCGACUGUCUUACUAUUGUUGACCCUAGUUUACUUGCAUCUCACAACACCUUCACCCUCGUCAAGGACGGUGCUCCAGUGCUCGUACUUGCCAGUGGGGGAGCUCCUGAAGUGGCCUCGCGCCUUCCGAGGGAAGCUAUCGAGGAUAUAAACGCACGAGGGAUCCGGGUAUAUACCUUUGAUGUCGAGAAUGCUGCGGCCGAGAUCGGCGACAGCGGCUCGGACGCCUCGCUUUUACAAACCGCGCUCGCUCAUCUCGUUCUCCUACGUAUUUACCUCGGAGCUACGGCUACUCCCGCUGCUGUACAGACUCUUUCAGCUAGGAUCUACGGAGAUGUUGUUGCAGGUGUUUCCAGCACGGUUGCCUGUGAUGCUGCUUGGUCAGGCUUGGUCGGCGUUGAGAUUCCUGUUCCCGAGCCGUUGGCCGAGGACGCUACGCCGCCCAAGAAGCUCGCCGCUUUUGCCUUCAACGCCCUCAAUCUCGACGAUCCUGCAUACGAUGGCAGACCAGCUCCCGCGAUCCCUAUACUUGGCUCAUGGGCCGAGGCAGCGAAGCGAUUGAUAUUCCGCGAGGCGUUUUCCCCAGCUGUUUCGUCGUCGACUCAAGUCGCUCAUGCCACUGACCCAGCAUUGCGGCCAGAUCUUACUGAAGAGCGAUUCCUCGUUACUUGCACCGUCAACAAACGCCUUACGCCACUCACCUAUGAUCGCAACGUAUUCCACCUCGAGUUUGACACCGCUGGAACGGGCCUGAAAUAUGCUAUUGGUGAAGCUUUAGGCGUGCAUGGAUGGAACGACGAGGCCGAAGUCCUCGAAUUCUGCGAGUGGUACGGUGUCGAUCCCAAGUCGAUAAUCACUCUUCCUGCUCCAGGCAAUCCAAGCCAAACGCACUCGCGCACUGUUUUCCACGCACUUCAACAACAAAUCGAUCUAUUUGGCCGUCCGCCAAAGGGCUUUUACGGUGCACUCGCUGAACACGCCAAAAAUCGCGACGAUGCUAUGGCUCUCCGUUUCAUUGCCGCACCCGAGGGGUCCGCUACAUUCAAAAAGCUGUCCGAGGGCGACACUGUGACAUAUGCGGACGUCUUGCGCCAAUUCCCCAGCGCUCGCCCUUCUCUGUCCGAACUGGCGACUCUUGUGGGCGAUAUCAAGCCGCGUCACUACAGCAUUGCUUCGGCCCAGAGUGCAGUUGGAGACCGCGUAGACUUGCUAGUCGUUACUGUCGACUGGGUAACUCCAAGCGGUUCUCCUCGCUAUGGUCAGUGCACACGUUACCUUGCUGGCCUCAAGGUCGGCCAAAAAGUGACCGUGUCCAUCAAACCAUCUGUCAUGAAGCUUCCUCCUGAUGAUAUGCAACCUAUAAUCAUGGCGGGUCUCGGCACUGGCGCCGCGCCUUUCCGCGCAUUCAUCCAGCAUCGUGCUCUGCUUGUCUCCCAAGGCAAACCCGUUGGCCCUCUCAUCUACUACUUUGGCUCCCGCCAUCGAUCGCAAGAAUAUCUUUAUGGAGAGGAACUCGAAGCGUACAUCGCUGAUGGCAUCAUCACCCACGCCGGACUUGCCUUUUCUCGAGAUACCAAGAAGAAAGUUUAUAUCCAACACAAGAUGCGCGAAGAUAGCGAAAUGCUCGGCAAAAUGCUCGCAGGACCUGACAAGGGUGUCUUCUAUCUCUGCGGGCCGACGUGGCCUGUUCCCGACGUAUAUGCAGCAUUGAUUGAUUCGUUGGUUCAGUUUGGAGGCAAGACCCAAGAAGAGGCUGCCCAGUACCUUGAGGACCUGAAAGAAGAAGAGCGAUAUGUAUUGGAAGUUUAUUAG